AUGGAAAAUUGGGUUCCAAAUCAAGAAACACAAAUUGAUGAUGAAGAUGUAUUUGUUGAUAACACACAAGUUGAAGGAACAAGUCAAGCAACAAACCCGAAGAAAAGGAAAUAUGCCCAAAUGGCGGCUUGUUGGAACGACUAUGAUGUACUUCAUAUUGACAAAGUUAGACAUAGCAAAUGCAAAAAAUGUGGAACUUUGCUCAAAACCGAAUCCGGCGCAAACGUUGGAGAAUUACCAUUCAAGUUUGUAGAGAACGAAUCAUUUAUUGAGUAUACAAAUGCAUUGAACGGGAAAGUAAUUUUGCCAUGUAGAACCACAAUUUCAAAUAGAGUUACCGAUUACUUUCUUGAAGAAAAGGCUAAGUUAUUUAAGUUCUUCAAUAAUCCCCUAAGUAAUGUGCAUUUGACGACCGAUUGUUGGACAAGCUCAUGUCAAAGGUCGAACUAUAUGGUGGUCACGACCCACUUUAUUGAUGAAGAUUGGGUCAUGCAUAAAAGAAUUAUCAACUUUAAAUCUCUAGAUAGUCAUAAGGGAGAAGACAUUGGGCGCACGUCGUUGACUUGUCUUCAAGAGUGGGGUAUCAAUAACGUAAUGACCAUAACCGUUGACAAUGCUAGUGCAAAUGACAAAGCAAUCGAAAUUCUAAUGAAAAAGCUACCAAACUUGUACGAUGGGGGGAAGCAAUUACACGUAAGGUGUAUGGCCCACAUCCUUAACCUUAUUGUUAGGGAUGGGUUUGAUCAACAUCAAUCUAGUAUCAAGUGCAUGCAAAAGGCCGUUAAAUAUAUUAGGAAUUCUACACAACGGAUUCAAAGGUUCAAAGAAUGCAUGAAAGAGCUAAAUGUGGAAUCCAAAAAGUUUUUCUGCAAUGAUAGCCCAACUCGAUGGAACUCCACAUACGAGUUAUUGAAGAUUGUGGUGGAGUUGGAGAAGGUUUUUGGCAUGUUUGAAGUCAAAGAUCCACGGUUCAAGUUUGAUUUUCUUCAACAAGCUUUUGAGAAGUUGAUUAAGUUGAAGAAUCCACAAAAAGAUCCUAUGCUCAACUCGGAAGUCAUUUUGAAGGCUAAGGUCUUAAUACGGGGUCUUCAACAAAGAUUUGAGAAUUUUUUUUAUUUCUACAAAUCAAAGUUUGACAAUACCGACUCUUCUCAAAAUCAAACACAUGGUCAUGAAGAUGUAGUUGUGAUUGAUGAUGAGAAUGACUUCAUGGGUGAUUUAAUAGUUCAAAUUGAUUACCCAUCGGCAUCAAUGGAAAUGAAGUUGACACGAUACCUAAACGAGCAGUCAGUUAAAUACAAUAAAGAUUUUGAUAUUCUACUUUGGUGGAAACAAAAUGCAUGUCGUUACCCUAUUGUAUCCCGUAUGGUGAAAGAUAUUUUGGGACUGCAAAUCUCUACUGUGGCGUCAGAGGCGGCGUUUAGUACAAGCGGGCGGAUAUUGGAUCCAUAUAGAACAAAUUUGUCUGCAAAUAUAGUAGAGGCUUUGGUUUGCACUCAAGAUUGGGUAAGAAAAUCAAGAAAGCAAAUUGUGGACAACAUUGAUGAAAUUUUGAAAGACGAUGAGGUCGCCAAAGCUUUAGAAGAUGCGAUAAAGAACGGAGAUGGAAAGGGAAAACAACCAAUUAAUAUUCUUGAAUAGUUAAUUCGUGUUUGAAAAAAUGUUAUUUUGGAUAUCGGAUAAAAACUUAAGAUUCAUAUUUUUAUUUGGGUGUUG